AUGUUUUACGCACAUUUCGUGCUGGCCAAGAAGGGCCCCUUGGCCAAGAUUUGGCUGGCGGCUCAUUGGGACAAGAAGCUAACGAAGGCCCAUGUAUUUGAGACCAAUAUUGAGAAGUCAGUAGAUGGUAUCUUGAAGCCCAAAGUGAAGAUGGCUUUGCGUACUUCUGGCCAUCUGUUGCUGGGUGUCGUGAGAAUUUACUCCAGGAAAGCCAAAUACUUGCUUCAGGAUUGUAAUGAAGCCUUUGUUAAGAUUAAGAUGGCCUUUAGGCCUGGUAUGGUGGACUUGCCCGAGGAGCACCGUGAAGCUGCCAUGAAUGCCAUCACCUUACCUGAGGUCUUCCAUGACUUUGACACCGCUAUGCCUGAAUUGAAUGAAGUGGACAUUGAAGCCCAGUUCUCAUUGAACCAGUCAAGAGCUGAAGAGAUCACUAUGCGCGAGGAUUAUGGGUCAUUGAACCUGGUGACACAUGACGAUGGAUUCGGUGACAUGGGGUUCGAUACUGAUAAUCCUGAUAUCAUGCGAGAAGCUAUUGGCAAUGAAGGGGGAUUGGAACAGAGUAACCUAUUGUUCGCUGAUGGGUCAUCCCUGGAACUGGCUGGCAAAGACGGCGGAGUAGGCAGUCUGACUGGUGGAGUUCCGGCACUAGCGCCGGAGCACCCACGGCGCAUGGAAGCAGCACCUCACGCACCCAUGGAUGACGGCUUCGGUGGAACGAUAGGCGAUGUUGCGGAUUUCGGACAUGCGGGCGGUUUGUUCGAGGGUGACCUGUUCGGCGAAGUUACUGGCAGCAGUAGUUCCGCGGCGGCUGCCUCCGGCAUGCCUGGCACUUCAGCGCAGCCCCAAUCUCUCCAGGCUGAGAUUGACGCGGCGGGAGUGAACGCCGGUGAGACUGGAGGCGACGUGGCGGCCGCGGACGCGCCGGACUCGGACGAUGAUAUGGGAGACCACUACGAUGCUGGCAACUCUCCACAACACAGUUGGGGCGGGUCCCCCGCUCGCCCUGAGAGCGUGGUGCCGCCAGCGGCGCCUGCGCCACCUUCUCCCAGCCCACAUGUACCUAUGGACGUGGACACAGUCCCGGAGCCUGUCCCCCGGCCGGCGAGCGCGGAGCCCGCGGCGGACGGCGCGGCCGAGCGACUGGCAGACAACACUACACUCCUGCACAAUGAUGAGGAAUCAUUCGCACUUGCUCCUGUUGACGCUACUGUUCUUAAAGGAAUAACAAAAACAAAACGUAAACGCAAGCUGAUUGUGGACGAAGUAAAGAACAUAUCUGGUGAGGAGAUGAAGAACCAGCUAAGUAACACGUCUGAUAUCGUCACCACGUUGGACCUGGCGCCCCCUACCAGACGUCUGAUGCACUGGAAGGAAACUGGUGGUGUGGAGAAACUGUUCACAUUGCCUGCUAGGCCUAUACCUUCAAGUGUACUGUUUAAGAAAUACCAGCGCAACAUGACGCUCCGUAGCGAGGCGGAGGAAGCCGACGCGGCGGCGGCGGCCGCUCGCUCGCCCGACCCGGUCGAGCCGGCGCGGCGGGGCGGCCGCAAGAGGAGACACGAGGAGACAAUGCUUCCACCUGAGACACCAGCACCAGCCCCGACUCAAGAAUUGGAACCUCCCACUCCAGUACCUCAGGAAUAUGAACCUUCAGUUGAGCCUGAACCUGCGCCGGAACCGACCGUCGAACCUCAAACUCCUCGAUCAGACGUCGAUGUCGACCUUCCUCAGACACCAGGAGGUAUGCUGAGUGCACUAGGCGGCGGUAUGACUCCGGGCGCGCUGGGCGGACUGACGCCGGGCACUCUGCUACAAGGUGGACUCACUCCCGCCGGGCUACAGCAUGGAGGAAUGACGCCGGGUGGUUUACAACACGGUGGCAUGACCCCAGCUGGUCUGCAUCAUGGCGACAGUCAACAUGUAGACCUCGGACUGUCUGCGGGCGGGAUGACGCCGGCAGGAUUACACCAUGGAGGUAUGACCCCGGGUCUGCUAGAGAGUGGUAUGACGCCGGCGGGAUUAGUCCAUGGAGGCCUUACUCCCGCUGGUCUGCAUCACGGAGGCAUGACGCCAGGUAAUGACUACACUUCAUAUUACAGCGGAGGUCUAGACCACGGUGGUAUGACGCCGGCCGGGCUACAACACGGCGGUAUGACCCCCGCGGGGCUACAGCACAGUGGCAUGACCCCCGCCGGACUACAACAUGGCGGCAUGACCCCAGCCGGGUUACAACACGGUGGAAUGACGCCAGGAGGAGUACAACACGGCGCAAUUCUCCAGCAUGGCCUGGAGCAGCUGCCGAUGAUGCCGCAGUUAGGCGGGGACCAAGUGUCGUCGUUGUUACGUACCUCUCUGCCUACCCCGGCUGCAGACAGAGCAUCUCACGACCUUCCACACACUGUACCUAUGGAACCCCUGCUACAUGGGCUCGACGACCAUGGGGACUAUCAGAAUGGCAUGCAAAUGACAAACUUGGGUUACGACGACCAACAUGGCCACAACAGUCCACAGCACGAUUACGAUUUACCUUUAACGCCAGACAACGCGGAAGAGGGUGAACGUGAAGCAGGUGAGACGGACGAGCAGUUCGAGGAACGAGUACUGAACCGUCGUGCAGCGCAACUCUUCGCCGUCAUGAAACCCAAACUAUCCGUCGGACUACAACUUUCCUUCACAGAUCUUGCACCAAGACACAAUAAUAGAAAACAGGUUGCACAGAAAUUUUACAGUUUACUUGUACUCAAAAAACAUCAAGUGUUGAAAUUAGACCAACAUGAAACAUAUGGACCUAUUACCAUAUGCAAGGGUAAUCAGUUUGAAACUGAAGCGAUUUAA